AUGGCCACAACAGCUAACAUCACAAAAAAACGCAAAUUUAUUCGUGAAGGUGUUUUCCAUGCUGAACUCAACGAAUUUUUCACCCGCGAAUUAGCCGAAGAUGGUUAUUCCGGUCUUGAAGUUCGUGUCACACCACAAAGAACCGAAAUCAUUAUCAUGGCAACAAAAACUCAACAAGUACUUGGUGAAAAAGGUCGUCGUAUUCGUGAAUUAACAUCAGUUAUUCAAAAACGUUUCGGUUAUCCCGAUAAUUCAAUUGAAUUAUUCGCUCAAAAGGUUGUUUCACGUGGUUUAUGUGCUAUCGCACAAGCUGAAUCAUUACGUUACAAACUUAUGGGUGGUCUCCCAGUACGACGAGCCUGUUAUGGUGUUUUACGUUUCAUCAUGGAAUCAGGUGCUCAAGGCUGUGAAAUCAUCGUAUCAGGUAAAUUACGUGGUCAACGUGCCAAAGCUAUGAAAUUCAUUGAUGGUUUAAUGAUUCAUUCGGGUGACCCCGUUAAUGAUUAUGUGCAAUUUGCUGUACGACAUGUACUCUUACGUCAAGGUGUACUUGGUAUUAAAGUUAAAAUUAUGUUACCAUAUGGUAACAAAGAAGGCACAGGAGCUAAAAAGCCAUUGCCUGAUCAUAUUUCAAUCGUACAACCUAAAGAUGAAACACCAAUCGUUAAUCCAUAUUCUGAAGUGAAAGAACGAAAAGUUGAACCAUUAUCGCAACAAAUGGGUCAUCCACAACAAUUACCACCCCAACAACAACAGCCACCAAUUCAACCUGGAGCACCAGCCAAUUUCGGUUAUUAG